AUGGCUACAGGAGGAAGUCCAAUUAAAAUUCCAUGUGAAAAUGAAGACUUACCUGACAAACAAAAUGCACCAGAUUUUGAUGAUGACACUUUACGAGCUGCAGCUGAUGCUUAUAGGAAUGAGGGUAAUGAGGCCUUCAAGAAAGGAGAUUCCAUCAAUGCUAUUCAUUUUUAUACCAAAGGAAUUAAAAUGAACUGCAAUGAGAAAGUACUGAAGGCUAAACUGUACAACAACAGGGCUAUUGCACAUUCUAAACUUGGAAAUCACCAGGAUUCACUAAGGGAUGCAGAAGCAGCCUUUGAGUUAAAUCCAACUUUCUUCAAGGCAAUUGUGAGAGGAGCCACUGCUUGUGUUGAAUUGAAGAGAUUUGAAGAAGCAAUCACUUGGUGUGAUAAGGGAUUAGCUAUUGACAAAAAUGAUAGGAACUUGUCGUCAUUAAGACUUCAGUCUCUCAGAGAAGUGGGAGCCCGGGCUGAUCUUUAUAGGAUCAAGGGCAAUGAGGCCUUCAAGAAAGGAGAUUUCAUCUAUGCUAUUCACUUUUACACAGAAGGAAUUAAAAUGAACUGCAAUGAGAAAGAACUGAAGGUCAAAUUAUACAACAACAGGGCUAUUGCACAUUUUAAACUUGGAAAUCACCAGGAUUCACUAAGGGAUGCUGAAGCAGCCAUUGAGUUAAAUCCAACUUUCCUCAAAGCAAUUGUGAGAGGAGCCACUGCCUGUGUUGAACUGAAGAGAUUUGAAGAAGCAAUCUCUUGGUGUGAUAAGGGAUUAGCUAUUGACAAAAAUAAUAGAACCUUGCUAUCAUUGAGACUUCAGUCUGUCAGAGAAGUGAGAGAUACGUCCAUGGAGGAAAAAGAUCACAUUAACUCUGACCAUGGUAGUCCUAGUUCAGGUGAUGUUAAGAAAGUUGUGGGUUUCUCUAACCAGGGAGACAAGCAUGGGAAGGUUAACGCCUCUCUGAGUGAUUUCAUGGCCAUGGCGUACUUCUACCAAGACCUUAAAAUAGCUAAAGAAGUAGUAGCAAAGGAUGGGGAGGCUAAAAAACUAGGAUACAAGGGUGAGGAGGGUAAAGCUUAUUGCAAUCUCGGCACUGCUUAUUACAGGCUUGGUGAUUCCAAAAAAGCCAUAGAGUACUACAAUCUAGAUCUUAAAAUAGCUCAAGAAGUAGGAGACAAGCGUGGGGAGGGUGAAGUCUGUUACAAUCUUGGCUACGUUUAUUACGAUCUGGGUGAUUUCAAUAAAGCCAUAGAGUGUCACAUACUACAUGGCAAAAGAGCCAGAGAGGUAGGAAACAAGGUUGGGGAGGGUAAAGCUCAUGGCAAUCUUGGCAUUGUUUAUCUCAUACUGCGUGAUUUCGAAAACGCCAUCAAGCACUACAGCUUACAACUUAAAAUAAUCAAAGAAGUAGGAGACAAGAAUGGGGAGGGUCAUGCUUAUUGUUUGCUUGGCAAUGCUUAUCGUGGCCUGGGAGAUUUUAUAAAGGCCAAAGAGUUGCACAGCCAAGGCCUCAAAAUUGCCAAAGAGGGCAAAGACAAAUUCACAGAGGGAAAUGCCAACUAUUCAAUAGGAUUUGAUUUUGAGUCGCAGGGUGAACUGCGAAAAGCCGUUGAACACUACCAAGCUAGCAUAAAUUGUUUAAACAAUUUAAGGAGAGUACUUCCUAAGUCUAAAGAUGAGUGGAAAGUCAAUUUUCGAAAUAGGUAUCAAAUGGCAUAUACAGGUUUGUGGAGAGUUCUCGUAAAACAAGGUAAUAUAGAUGAAGCCUUACUUGCUGCUGAGAAAGGGCGAGCUCAAGCUCUGACCGACCUUAUGGAAUCUAGUUUUUAUGUUGGAACAAGUCGGUGCAAGGGAGGCGAUAAAGAUUUAGCAGUUUUAGAGAACGUUCCAUCAGACACUGUGUUUCAGGCAAUAGACGAAGCUGACGUUAAUCUUUGGGUUGUGUCCAAAGGAAAACAAGUUCAGUUGAGACAAAGUAAACUUAAUGGUUCUGUUUCAGAGAAUAGUGGAGCAAGCCAGCCCUUUGAGUCGUUCAUGCUCGGUGUCUAUACACAACUUGGUGUUCGUUCUAAUGUGAGAUGCGAGGAUCGAUCUUUGGAUGCUUUGAGGAAGAUCCCCUCAAAAGUGAACGAGAAAACUAAAGAAGACAACCCUCAACCUCCCAUCAAACAAAACGAAUCCUUGCGUACUUUGUAUGAUAUCGUUAUAAAGCCGGUGGCGGACCUGGUUCAAGGGAAUGAGCUACUUAUUAUUCCCAAUGGACACCUGUGGCUCGCUCCUUACGCUGCAUUGAAGGAUGGUAAUUGUAAAUACCUGUGUGAAUUGUUCAGAAUCCGACUCGCUCCAUCGUUAACAAGUCUUAGACUCAUUGCCGAUUGCCCAGAUCACAAAAGCAGUGGUGCGUUACUUGUAGGAGAUCCAUGUUUAGCCGAGGUUACUAACAGCAAGGGAGAGAAAGUAUUUGAGCAGCUUCCCUGUGCUAAAGAAGAAGUAGAAAUGAUCGGAAAAAUUCUGAAUAUCACGCCAAUCACUGGCAGACAGGCCACGAAACGUGAGGUGUUGAAAAGACUCAGUUCCGUUUCCUUAGUUCACUUUGCGGCACACGGAUGUAUGGAAACUGGCGAAAUUGCUCUUACACCUGACCCACACCGAAUUUCUUCUGUGCCAACGGAGAAGGAUUACAUUUUAACAAUUGGAGAUGUGUUGAAUAUUCAACUUCGUACCAAAAUUGUUGUGCUUAGUUGCUGCCACAGUGGUCGAGGCGAGAUCAAGGCUGAAGGUGUGGUUGGCAUCGCCCGUGCUUUUAUGGGGGCUGGAGCUCGGUCUGUUGUGGUGUCCCUGUGGGCGAUUGAUGACGAGGCUACUCUCCAGUUCAUGAAAUGCUUUUAUCAACACCUUGCAGAAGGUAAACCUGCAAGCGAGUCACUGAACCUGGCCAUGAAAAGCCUCAGAGAAUCAGACGAGUUCUGCGACAUCAAAUACUGGGCGCCCUUUUUGCUUAUUGGAGAUGACGUCACUUUGACUUCAUGGCAAAGGAAAGAGGAAAUUUAA